AUGAGGCGUAGCGGCAGCAGCAGCAGCGGGGCUGCCCGUAGCCAAUUCAGACCGCCCUCGUUCCUGCGAAGGACGGAUGACGCUCGUGGCGAUCACGCUGAGAGCAGUCGUGGAGCAUCAUCUGGGUCUGCAUCUGUAGAAGGCUCCGUCCAAAGGCUGUCGUCGGCUGGCGGCAGGUCGAACCCAUUUCAGCGAGGUCCAGCUGGCAUACCACCGCCUCAUCCCUCGGCCGGCCGACGAGUUGAGUCAGCUAAGCCGGCCGGCGGCAGCGACGAUGUUGAAGGCGAUGUCUUCAGCCACAGCAUCGACUCGGCCGCGCCUGAAGAGCGCCGUAAGGAUCCUGCUUACGAGCCACGCCAGUCCACAGCCUCUGCCUCGACGUCAGAUGGACCCAGCUCUCCCUCAAAGCCUGGCCUCGUUGAGUAUUGGAUGUGCAUGUGGCGCAAGCCUCAGGGUCGCAAACACAAGACGUGGGACGGAGACGCUGUUCUCAUAGUCGACCGUCAGAGAGGCACAUGCAAGCUUAAGUGCCAAGAGAGUGGCAGAGACCUCGCCUUCAGCUCGACUCUAGCUGGCAAAGUAUUUGAGAGCGGCGCAGAGAUGUCGCUGGGCGGCAAAGAGAUCGAGGUUGACCACGAGAUCUCACAGCGAGAAUAUCUGUCUGGCAUCCCCGACUCGUACCAAUGGCCAGCCUCCACCAAGUCUCUCACCAAGCAGGCCAACUCGCGCGCCUCGCCCGUAUCGUCCAACGUUUCACCUCCUUCACGACUGAUGGCGCCAGCUCCAGCUGCAUCCUUCUACUCCAAGCCGCUACCCAAGCCCAAAUUCAAGGACCCUUCGCAUCGAGGUCUGUCUCCUGAAGUCGUGAAAGCGCUUGAGCGUCAGAGAGACGACGGCGAGGCAGCUGUGGCCCUCAAGUCUUCGAUCAAGAGCAACCACGGCGAGACAUCAGGCUCUGCCCUAACUACAUCGCGCUCCAAAGCAUCGUCUCGAUCAAUCAACGAUCGUGCUGUCCCGUCACCUCCUCCGCAGCCUCGCCCGAACGGCCUCUACCACCGCAUGGACGCCCCCGAACCAAGAUACGAUCCUCUCGCGCCCAAUGCCAUCGUCAUGGAUCGGCCUACGGCUGACCACCAGGCGCGUUUCAACAAGCGCGGAGACCCUAUCGUUGAUGUCGUAAUCAACCCUUUCCUAGCUCAGUCUCUGCGUCCGCACCAAAUUGAAGGCGUCAAGUUCCUGUACAAUCGUCUCAUGGGCUUGGUCAACGAUGAGGCAAGUCGUGGAGCCAUCCUGGCAGAUGAAAUGGGUCUGGGCAAAACACUUCAGACGAUCACGCUCGUCGAGACGCUUCUGCGUCAGAGUCCCUACUACUCCUCAUCGAAACCACGCGUCAUCGACAAGGCCUUGAUAGUAUGCCCGCUCUCCCUAGUCAAGAAUUGGCAGCGAGAGUUUCGCAAGUGGCUCGGCACCAACGGUUCUUCAAACAUCGGUGUCGUGGCCGUUGAUGGUAACAAGGGCAAGGAGGUUACGCAACGCUUCGUGACCUCCAAGCGCGACUCUGUCCUCCUCAUCGGCUACGAGAAGCUGCGAAGCUGCAUUGACAUCCUUGCAAGCGCACAGCCGCCCAUUGGCCUCAUUGUGUGCGACGAGGGACAUCGCCUCAAGUCCAAAGACGCGAAGACGACCAAGAUGUUUGAUCAGAUGUCCACUGAUCGGCGCUUGAUCCUCACGGGCACGCCGAUCCAGAACGAUCUCUCUGAGCUCUACGCCAUGAUUGACUUCGUGUGUCCAGCCCUCUUGGGCGAGUAUAGCACCUUCAAGAGCAUCUUCGAAGAUCCUAUCCUCAAAAGCCGCAUGCAAUACUGUUCCAAGGAGGACCGUGAUCUGGGCCAGACCAGAAGCAAAGUCCUCGGCGAGAUCACGCGCAUCGUCGUCCUACGCCGCACCGCCGACAUCCUCGACGGUUAUCUCAAACCAAAGACGGAGGCCAUUGUCUUCUGCAGUCCAACUCAGGUGCAGAUCGAACUCUAUCGCCACGUCCUUCGCUCGACCGAGGUUCGGGCAGUGACCAGUGGCUCAGGCGGCGGUGCUGCUCUGCCUCUGAUCCUUCUUCUGCGCCAAGUCUGCGACACACCCGAGUUGUUGCUCAAGGUCGUUGAGGGCAAAAGCACAGGCAAGACGUCGCUGGCUCAUGAGGUAUUGCAAGACUCGCUGGACUUGUUCCCCACGAAGCGUGUCACCGGCGACGUCAAUCUGAGCGGCAAGCUCAUUGCUCUCUCCAAGAUGCUCAAGAUGAUCAAGGACGAGACGGACGACAAGGUGGUGCUCGUCUCAACCUUCUCUUCGACGCUGGACAUUCUCGAAGCCUUUUGCAAGCGAUCGAAGUAUCCCUUCGAGCGGCUCGAUGGCCAGACAAAGCAAGACGACCGUAUUGCAAAUGUCAACAGCUUCAAUCGAACGUCGCGCUCCCAGUCGUUUAUCUUCUUGCUCAGCACCAAGGCUGGCGGCGCAGGUAUCAAUCUCAUCGGCGCGAACCGUCUCUUCCUCAUGGAGCCCGAGUGGAAUCCAGCCCUCGAUCACCAAGCAAUGGCGCGCAUCCAUCGCGACGGGCAGAAGAAACAUUGUUACAUCUAUCGGAUGAUGAUGGCCGGCAGCAUGGACGAGAAGAUCUUCCAACGACAGAUCCAGAAGCUAGGCAUCAGCGAUGCGCUCAUGGGCGCAGGUGCGGACGCAGACGAAAGCGACGGCGACGGCGACGGCAACGAUGGCGGCAAGAAGCGUAAGCGCUCGUCACACGCAGGCACGUCAUCCACCAGCGGCAGCAAGAAGUCCGGCGGCGACUCGUUCACGCCCGAAGAGCUGAAGGACAUUUUCACACUGCACGAGAACACGCCCUGCCUAUGCCACGACCAGCUUCUCUGCUCGUGUGGUGGGCGAGGAGAGCUCCUUAGCAGCCAAGCUCAGGCGCUCCUCAACAGCUCGCAGGGUGACACGGAUGACUUCGAUCCUACGACUCGCGGCUUCGUCCCAGCUUCGCAGCACACGGCGCAGAGCGAGAUCCAGCAUGCUAGAGAGGCGAGAGCGCGAUUGGCCGGUUUGGCUGACUGGAGGCACAUUGAGACAAUCAGCGGCAAGAGAGACCAGAGCCCCGGUGCGGAUGACGGGGAUGACUCCGAGAACGAGGAUGGGCUCGCAGCAUCGGUCAAAGCACUCGCCGACGAUGCGGUGCUCAGUGAAGUCGUACGCCGUCAAAAGGAUGUAGCUAAGAAGAUCAAGAUCAAGACGCGCCUUUUAAAGGAGCAAGCAGAGCAAGCCAAAGCCGCAGCACAAAUCGGCGAGCUCGAAGAGCCUGAAGACAAAGGUGGCAAGUCCCUUUCCCUUCUCGAGGAGAUGGACCUCGACGCUCUCGAAGCCAGUGCAGCAAAGAAGAGGACUGACCAACAGAAAGCCAGAGCUGAAGCUGCGGCAGCAAAGGCGGCAGCCGUACUUAUUGAGACGGGCAGCGGCGGGUGGAGAAUCACGGACGAGGAGCCUGGCAAUAUUGUCUACGUGCUCACACGCCAGUCGGGUGGGGAGAAGAGAAAGAAGAAUAGAAGUUCGGCUGACGUCGAUGCGGAGGAGCCUGAUCAAGACCAAGUCGCCACCAGCAGCAAAAGCAAGCUCUUCCUCGAAGCUGAUGAUGACUCUGACAGUGAUGGAGAUGAUGACUCUGAGGAGGAUGCAGCGAUCGUCUCAAUGCAGAAGCGACAACGCCGUCAGCAAGCAGAGAAGAGUGGGCGUCGUACCGUGAAGCUCGGUAUUCUUGACGAGGAUGAUGAGGAAGUGGAGGAGAUAGACGACUCCGGCGAAAAACCCAUCAUUGCAGGCAGCUCGGGUCGCCCCGCGGGCUCAAGCUCCUCGUCUGGCGUUCAGAUCAAGCAGGAGCCAGGAGUCAAAGCAGCAACCGCUCCAAGUCAGUGGAUAGACUAUGAGAUGAGAGGGGAAGAGGGCGAGGACGAAGUAGACGAAGAGGAGAAGAGAAAUGACGAUGCUGCCGAUUCAUCGUGCUCGUGGUCAGCAUCGCCUCCGCCAAGCAAGGAAGAGGUGGAGGAGGCCGACAGCGAUGAAUGA